AUGGCUCCAGUCCGCCGAAUCGCUCAAAUCGUCCACCUCAAGCCCUCUGCUGUCGCUGCAUACAAGGAAUGCCACGCCAAUGUCUGGCCGGAAGUGCUACAACAAAUCAAGGACUGCAAUAUUAAAGAUUACUCCAUAUUCUUCGACAACGACCGUACCCUGUUCGCUACUUUCAAAUACGUCGGCACGGACUUCGAGGGCGAUAUGGAGAAGAUGCGGGCGAAUCCCAAAGUGAGAGAAUGGUGGGCUAUGACCGAUGGAAUGCAGGAGAGUCCCAUUCCAGGUGCCGUGGGCAGUGCCGAUGGACCUGGAUGGUGGAAGGUAUUGGACGAGGUUUUCUAUAACGAAUAA